CAGCCAGUGCAGCAGACAGCAGUCUCGUCCGAACAAUCAUCGAGCCGGUCUCGGAAGCACCGCGAUAUAGAAAACCACGCAGUUAUUUAAAACCGAAAAUUAACAUUUCUACUUUAUUGACUCAAAAUGAAACUUCCGAUCGUUUACUUGAUCGUCCUAAUGACGAUGGCAGUCGUACUGACGAAAGCUGGCAUAUUGACCCACAUACACAACAUAAUACAUCAUACGACCACCCAAAAGGCCACUAACAAUGCUACAACUCCACUUCCGUCAGUUGCUUCAGUGCAAAAGUCAUCUCAACCUCCAACGCUCAAGUCGCCUGAAUUAAACGGACGCAUCGGCUAUGCCAAAGAACCUGACACCAAGGGUCAAUCACAACCGCAGAAACCUCUUGAGGUGAACCAUACGGCAGGAGAUUUCAAAGUGGAGACGACCACAAACCAUAGGUCGAUCAUCAACGUGCCAGUAAAGUCGUGUCCCGAAGGACAGGCAAUGACUCCAGACAGAGAGUGCAGAACGGUAUACGACCUUGGAGAUCGCUAAUAAAUGUACGCUAUUGUUUUAUCAUUUUUACUUGUUAAUAAUUACCGCACAUCUAUAUAUAAAUAGUACUUGUACAUUUUCGUUUUAAAAAUAUAUUAAUAAUAAAAUGUUUACGUGGUUAAUUGUUCAAACUAAUGUACUU